AUGGCCUCCGAGCUGGAACUCUCGAGUGGCUAUAUCCCUGCGUUGUACAAACCAGCGGCUUUACUGCCAAUUGCAAGACACAAGAAAAGUCUGCUCUACCUGGUCGAGACAUAUCAGGUCACCAUAGUGGUUGGUCAGACAGGAAGUGGAAAAACAACACAGCUUCCACAGUAUCUUGAUCAGGCUGGUUGGUGUGAGAAUGGCAAGUCCAUCGCCGUGACACAGCCCCGGCGAGUGGCUGCCACCACAGUUGCAACUCGAGUCGCAGAGGAGAUGCGCUGUAAAAUUGGCGAAGAAGUGGGAUAUUCCAUCCGCUUCGAAGAUGUGACUUCUGCUGCCACCAGGAUCAAAUUCUUGACCGAUGGAAUGCUUCUCAGAGAAGCACUAGUAGACCCUCUGCUAUCACGAUAUUCCGUGAUUAUGGUCGAUGAAGCCCACGAGCGGUCUCUCAGCACCGACGUCCUCCUGGGAAUUCUCAAAAAGAUCAUGAAGAAACGCCCCGAACUUCGCAUAAUCAUCAGUAGUGCGACACUGCAAGCGGAAGAUUUUCUCCGGUUCUUCGCUGGUGAUGAAUACAAGCCAGAUGCCGAGCCAGCUGACUUGGGUGGCAGCAUCGGGAGAAUCAUCAGCUUGGAGGGUAGAAUGUAUCCUGUUGACACGCUAUUCCUUGAAAAUCCCGCAGAAGACUACGUUGAGCGGGCAAUCAAGACUGUUUUUGACAUUCACACCCAGGAAUCUGAGGGUGACGUGCUUCUGUUCUUGACUGGCCGCGAGGAGAUUGACCGUGCAAUUCAAUUGAUAUCCGAGCGCGCUGCAAAUCUCAACCCAAAUGCCCCUUCACUGCUCACACUGCCACUUUAUGCGGGCCUCACUACGGACCAGCAAAUGUACGUCUUCGAACCGGCACCAGAGAAUACAAGAAAGGUCAUCGUGUCGACGAACAUCGCAGAAGCAUCAGUCACAAUCGAUGGCAUUGUCUAUGUGAUCGACUGCGGCUUUGCCAAGCUGAGAGCUUACAAUCCUACCACUGGAAUUGAGACCUUGACAGCUGUACCCAUAUCGAGGGCAUCGGCAACUCAACGCGCUGGACGUGCCGGUCGAACGAAACCGGGCAAAUGCUUCCGUCUAUACACCCAACAGACAUACGAGCAACUCCCCGAGGCUACAGUCCCGGAGAUUCAGAGGUCAAACCUGGCACCGAUUGUGAUGCAGCUCAAGGCACUGGGCAUUGACAAUAUUGUUCGCUUCGACUUCUUGACAUCACCACCAGCAGAGCUCGUGAUUCGUGCCUUCGAGCUUUUGUAUUCCCUUGGUGCAGUCGAUGAUUAUGCCAAACUCACCAAGCCCAUGGGCACACGAAUGGCCGAGCUUGCUGUUGACCCAAUGAUGGGAAAGGUUCUCCUCGCUGCACCCUCCUUCAAAUGCUUGAGCGAGAUUCUCUCCAUUGCAGCCAUGGUAAGCCUUCAAGGGACGGUGUGGGUGCAGCAUGACGGCGAUAAGAAAGCCGCGGAGAGCCACCGUCGGAAAUUUGCCGUCGAGGAAGGUGACCAUCUUACCUACCUCAAUGUGUACCAAGCAUUUGUCACAAAGGGCAAAAAGGACUCGAAGUGGUGUCGUGAUCACCUCUUGAACUACCGAGCCCUCGUGCGUGCCGUCAGUAUCCGCGGCCAACUCAAACGCUACUUGGAGCGCUUUGGCAUUCAGGUUGAAGAGAGUCUCUCGACUCGUCAUGGUGGUGCUGGUGCGACUACCUCGCCAGAGCAGAUCCAACGGUGCCUUACAACGGGCUACUUUGCCCAUGCAGCAAAGAUGCAGCCCGACGGAACUUUCAAGACAGUUAGUGGAGGGUUGACCCUCCAUGCUCACCCUAGCUCUUUGAUGUUUAAUCGAAAAGCAGACUGGGUGAUAUUCCAUGAGAUCAUGCAAACUGGCAGCAAGACCUACAUUCGCGACGUCACAAAGAUCGAGAAAAGCUACUUGCUAGAAUAUGCUCCAGAAUAUUACAGGGUUACAUAG